AUGGGAUCCAACUACUGGAACAACGGCUGGUAUGAUGCCUCGUCACCACAGGACCAGGCCUCGUCACCAACUGGAUACUCCUUCGACUAUUAUCAGUCACAGCCUUUGGUCAGAUAUGGUAGUUCUGGCAGUAACUCCCAGGCUUCGACCAGGGGCCCCGAGUCACCAACAGAUAGCUACUACACUCUGCAUGGCUCACCAACUAUGGACGAUGCUGUUUAUCAGCAAAGCCAUAGCUACCAACAGCAUUACGCCUCUGGUCAGACAAGGGCUGGAGAAUCUUCUGUGCCACGGGGCGAAUCUGAAAAUGACUGGCCAGUCUCUUGCCUUCACCCUGGUUGUACUGCUCGCCCUUUCAAGCGUACUGCCGACCUCAUUCGUCACUACAAGAACACGCAUGCUCCCGAAUCGAGCAAGGAUGUCUAUCUAUGUGACUAUCCUCGAUGCACUCGUUUUCGUGAGCCCUUCCACCGUCGCGACCACUUCCGAGACCAUCUCCGCGAGUACCACUGUGAAGACAUCAUGAAGCGAGGCGCCACUAUCAACGAAGAGUGGCUCGAAGGUCGCUACACUCCUUCUACUUGGUGGCGCUGCCCCCGAUGCCUUGUCAGAGUCAACAUCUCAAAGCACGGCUACGAAUGCCCCGGGUGUAAGACAUCGUGCGAGUCUAAGCGCAAAGAGAAGCGCCGCAGUCGAUCUUGA